CGGAUGUCGAGAUCCACCCUUUUUCUUACUCCACGGAAGCAUCGCGGACCAGGACAAGUCGCAUGUGAAAAAAAAACAAAUGAAUCCUGGAUACAAUAUAUGGCUCUUAUUAUUCGACGUGCUCGCGGGGAAGGCGCAUUUCUGAGCCCCAUCACGCCUCAGCGCGACCGUGCACUUGCACCGAGGAACGAUGUCUGACCGCCAAGACCGUUCCCCCUCCUGCAGUGUCAUACCGGUACCCUUCGUACUCGGCAUGCAGCACGAUACCCAGCCCACGGAUAGCCAUGCCCUCGUCUCCUCAAACACGACCACUCCAAGUCACUGGUUGUCUACUGCCUUCCAAUCAGCCCCAACAUACACCCCGUCUUUAUCCUCGAAUUUCGUUGUCGACGAAUUUUCCCAACCGCACGCCGCUCAAGUCGUCGACAUGCUGGAAACCGGCAUGCGUAUCACUUACCCCUCUCCAACCGGUCCCCCACCGCAUCCUCCUACCCCCUUUCUUCCACCAUAUCCCAACAAUACCGUUCUCUCCCCCACAUGUCACCAUUCCCCCGUAUCACCAUCACCCCUUUCCCACCUCCAUCAGCCUGCAUUAGCUAUAUCCAACUCCCCACCCGAUACUGGCAUCCCCAGGCGUGCCGUCGCUGGAUCACUGGAUCCUAGCACUGGCAUAUUCUAUAGAACCCCAGAACCUCCGCGUUUGCGAACGGCACAGGCAUGUGAAAAGUGCAGGGUGAGGAAGGCGAAGUGCAGCGGCGAGCACCCCGCUUGCCAGCGCUGUCUCUUGCGUGGUCUUGCUUGCAUCUAUGCUUCAGAGGGGCGCACCCGUGGGCCGACCAAACUGAAGGUGAAGCCGCUGACCAUGGUCUCGCCACCCGAAUCUCGGUCUACGCGUCGCAACAAGAACCGGUCAUCCUCCAAUGGUACCUCCACACCGGGGUUUCAUCUAUCAACCGACUUGGUUACCUCGGGCUCUCAGCCAGCGACGUUUGCCCCACCUAACUCAUCUUGUCUGUCUUCAACCCCAUUGUUGUACGACGACUGCUUUACCCAAGACAACGGGGACCUUGAAUUUCUUUCCUCGCUGGAAGCUAGCCCCACAUUGCACAGACGAGGUGCAUCGACACAAGCGACGGAUACAACGACGGGAAGUGCGAUGGACAUUAACGGGGUCCUCGGUGAGUAUUUGGACUGGACAUCUUUGAAGGACAUCAAAGAACACUGGGAAGGCGACCUCAGCGACAUGGAAACAUUAUUUAACGUCACAUGACGCAUGUUGCCUCCGCUAUGCUCUGGCUGUCCCACGAGAUGCACUCAUCGUAUGCUUCAACGUCAACCCCUGACAGUGGGUUGCUUAUGUCAUCCUCAGUCCCGCUCUUGCACGUCUUUGACGCUCCUUACUGCUGUAUACUCGAACAAUCCCCCUAGGGACACGACGGCCGGCAGGUAACCUGGCGGACACAUCUUUAUUGACGACAGUGAUUACGAUAUUUCCACUCCCCUAGACAACGUACAUUCUAGUAUAUCAUCAUGGUCAUUUGUCACCAGCGUUUCGUGACACAUGGACAUACAUAAUGGAUAGACUUAUUCACCUGCUUAUGCGGCAGGCUGGACAGUGCGCGACUUGGCCAAAACAGUUGUGAAUUCAAGAUCGAACAGUCGUCAAUCAUAUUGUGU